GGCUAGAAGGUUAAUUUGAAGACUAUGAUAGAGGGAAAAGAAAACCGAAGUCCAGUUCCGGCGAGGGUUUUGAAACAGGGUUUAGGAGCACCACCAAAACCAUUUUUUUUGUCUCUGCUCUUCAAACUUCAACCUUGUUUCUUCGAUUUCUGAAGAGACAACAAAACCAUGUGGUAUCUAUGUGUUUUCUUUCACAGGUUAUUGGAUUACAGAAAACCCGAAGUUGAAUCUUUAGCCAAAUUGUUUGGAGCUUUUGAUGACAACCAAAACGACGACGUUCAUCCCCAAUUGCAAUGGAAGCUCCCUCUUCAUCACCACCCAGAUUCUCCUUUCCAUUUGGUUAAUCUCCCUUCAGAAGAAAUUGCUCGUAACAUUGCUAAUCGAAGUAUACUUGUGAAGGGAAUGUAUGAGCUAUGGGGUGAAGGGGGUAGCUAUGAGGAGUUGAAGGAUUCUAUAUUGAGUUAUCCAGAUGAGAGAAAGUUGCCAUACUUGGAAUCUAACAGCACUUUCAGGAUUACUGUUGAUACCUUUGGGAAGGUUAUAAGUCUCCAGGAGCAUAAGGAACUCAUUCAAGGGUUCACGUAUAUCCCUUUCAAGGGAAAAGUAAAUUUGAGAAAACCAGAGCACAACUUCUGGCUGAUAGAAAUCGAUAAUUGUGAAGGUAAUAAUGGUCUUCCUCCAGUUGAACAAAAGAGAAUCUUCUUUGGUCGUGAAGUUGGUGCUGCUGAUAGGAAGCUUUUACCGACAUACGAGUUGAAAAGCCGUACUUAUCUUGGGCCAACAGCUAUGGAUGCGGAGAUAGCUUUUCUAAUGGCCAACCAAGCACUGGCUACUCCGGGGAAACUAGUUUAUGACCCUUUUGUUGGAACCGGAAGUAUUCUUGUUGCAGCAGCUCAUUUUGGAGCAAUGACCAUGGGUGCUGACAUUGACAUUAGGGUAGUACGUGAUGGACGUGGUCCUGACCGUAAUGUUUGGAGUAAUUUUAAGCAGUAUGGAUUGGAAAUGCCAGUUGGUCUUUUAAGGGCUGACAACAACCUUCCUCCCUGGCGUCCGGGGCUGAAAGAGGUAUUUGAUGCGAUAAUAUGUGACCCUCCUUAUGGAGUGCGAGCCGGAGGACGCAAAUCUGGUGGUAGGAAGCUACUAAAAGGGGCUGUGGAGCCUUACAUUGUUCCGGACGACAAAAGAACAGACCACAUACCAUCGACUGCACCUUACAGUUUAGUUGAGUGUGUACAUGAUUUGCUUGAUCUUGCUGCCAAGAUGCUUGUAUGGGGAAGACUUGUGUUUUUCUAUCCUGUAUUGAGAGAAGAAGAGUCUCCACAUAAUCAUUUCCCGGAGCAUCCAUGUUUUAAGCUGAUUUCUUCUUCUGAGCAGAUCCUUAGUUCACGAUAUUGCAGGGUAUUACUGACAAUGGUUAAGAUAGGUCCUUACACAGAGGAAAUAAGUUUGGCAGCUAGGAUGCAACAUCUUGAAUUUAGGGAGAACCACGUAAAGUGGCUAGAAGAUGGUAAUCUUCAUUCUGCAGUUUUCAGUCCAGUGGAUGCUCAGUUAAAGGAGACUGGCGAUUAUAAGAUUAAGGAUUCAACCAAGAAAUAUAGAGGAAAAUACGUUUAGACUUCACGGGUUAGAUGCCGGUGUAUGUUUCUAUGUCCGAGGGGAUGAAAACUUUUCACUAUAGAGGCCAGUGUACCCAUAUGCUUCUUUUUUCAAUUAGUGAUAUUUUUGUCUAAUUUUGUGGAUGUAUGUUUUUAUUCUCUUAUUUAAUUUAACGGAGUUCAUACAUUCUUA